UACCUACUACAAAAAUUCCCACCAUUAUCUUUUCCAUCAACAAACAAAAAUCUACGGUGUAUAAUUUCGCUAUAGCCUCUUUGGUCUUGCUGGAAAUUUGAAAAAAAAAUGCUAACAACAUGAUGAUAGCAUGGAACAGAAGAAGUCCCUGUGGUGGUCAUAGUUAUAGUCGGUGUAGUUGGAGAGGAACAACAACGUCAGGAUGUAGCAGGAGCAGCAGCAGUGGUAGUAGCAUGCUGUGGAGCAAUAUUAGAGAAAGCCACAGUAAUGGCGGCCCCUCUAUACGGGGGUCACCACAAGUUUCACAAUUAUUUUGGCUCAUAAGGACAUCUCUGGUGAUAGUGUGUCUUUUGUUGCCUUUGCCAUCAACAACGAACAUGGAAAAGGCCUUUGUACAAUCAUCGUCCUCUUCCUCCUCACUGUCGUCGUCGUCCUCAUCCUUGUCGGGGUCUGGAUCGGCGUCGUCAUCAUCAUUGAUGUUAUCUUCAUCACAAUAUCCAUUGCCUCCAGAGGUGCAACAACAAAUAAUUGCAGCAACUAUCAAUGGUGGCGAUAUUAUGGGAACAGGAACCAAUCAACAGCAUCCUGUAGCUAGCAGCAGUAUACAAUGUCCGAGCUUCGAUGAGAGCUCUGCAUGUCCCUGUUAUAAGUUUGAAGAUGGUCUGUUCCUGGAAUGUCCUGGCACUACAUCAAUGUCACUACGAACAACCCUAGAGCGAAUAACAUCACCAAUACAAUCGUUAUCAAUUUAUGAUUUCGAUCGAUCGGUCACGUCUCUAUCACAGGAUGUCUUUCAGCCCGGUGUCAAUAUAAGGCAUUUGCAAUUUUCCCAUUCACAUUUGGAGACAUUAAAGGAUAAUAGCUUAAGGAAUAUACGUGCCUCGUUGGAAUCGCUUAGCAUUGUGAAUGGCAAAUUAACACAGAUUCCGACGAGAGCACUCAAUUCAAUGCUGAAACUCACAGCAGUUGAUUUUGACUCAAAUGAAAUCACUCGAAUAGAAGACUACAGUUUCUACGGACUGCAUUUGUCCAAACUUAAUAUGAAAGGCAAUCGGCUAGAGACAAUACCAGAAAAUGCCUUUUCCGGUCUUGAAGAAUCGAUGCAAGAAAUCGAUUUGUCAGAAAAUCGCCUGCGAACAUUUCCAAUGUUAGCUCUGAGACGACUCGAUUACCUUCGAACACUGCGCCUGUCCUAUAAUCAAAUCGCAUCGUUUUUGGGAGAUCUACCAACGGCCAUAGUGUUGCCCAAUGGAACUGCAACAACACCGCAAAUGCGAUUGCAUUCAUUGGUGUUCCUUGACUUGAGUUCGAAUCAAUUUACCGAAAUCACUCAGGACUGUUUUCGGGGUUUCGCUCAACUGAAAACGUUGUCCUUGUAUUCAAACCAAAUUGAGUUGGUCCAUCGGGACGCGUUGCAGUCGUUGAGGGAACUUACAUCCCUGGAUAUGUCCCACAAUCGGAUUAUAUCGCUGGAUUCGAAAAUCUUUGAAAGGAAUAAGAAAUUGCAGACGGUUGACUUGAGUCAUAACCACAUUCACUCAAUAAGUGGAGUGUUUGCUGAUCUGCCGCAACUGAGGGAGGUCUUCUUGUCAGAGAACAAUGUGCUGGAGCUGCCUUGUGAUGCUUUCACGAAUUCGACGAACAUCGAUGUGAUCUAUUUGGAGUCCAAUGCUAUUGCUCAUAUAGACCCUAAUGUCUUCAGCACUCUUAUCAACUUAGAACAGUUAUACUUGCGAUCAAACUUUAUUCCCAGAGUUCCAGUCACAAUGCUCGAUAAGACUCUUAACCUUGCCUCGCUGUCACUCGACGACAAUGAAAUUCAGGACCUAGAAAUCGGAAUGUUUCGGAAACUUGAACACCUGCGUGAGAUACGGCUUCACAACAAUCGGAUAAGACGAAUUCGAAAGGGCGUUUUUCACCCUUUGCCAAGCCUACUAGAGCUUCAUGUACAAAAGAACUCAAUCGAAGAUAUAGAACCUGGGGCUCUAGCCACGUUAACUCAAUUACAACAUGUCAAUCUGCAAGAUAACCAGCUUGCGGUGUUGGAAGACAUUUUCCCGAACGAAACUUCCGGAUCAGCACUGCUCUCCAUCCAGCUCAAUACGAACUUUUUGAAUAAAAUUCACCCUAAAACCUUCAGACGACAGGACCACAUUCAAAUCAUGUGGUUGAGUGAAAACCAUUUGGUAAGAAUUGACAGGACACUCUUUGGAGACUUGAAGAAACUCGAACGGGCAUAUUUGUCGAAUAAUCUUAUUCGUGACAUUGAGAGGGACUCAUUUACAACGGUGAAGCAUCUAAAAUUUCUUGAUUUGAGUGUAAAUCGGUUAAAAACCAUAAAGAAGGAGUAUUUUUCCGCUUUGGCCGAACUAGAAGAACUCAAUUUGUCAGUUAAUUUUAUCGAAACCAUUGAAAGCAAUUCCUUUGGAGCAAUGAAAAAGUUGAAAUUACUCGAUCUCUCCAGCAAUCCCCUAGUUCAGAUUGGCCGGGAUAUGUUCCUGGAUGAUAUUCACCUGACUCACCUAAAUCUUAGGAACACAACACUGAGAAAGAUUGAAGUAAACACCUUCCGAUCUUUGGCGAAUAUCAACGAAAUCAACAUAGAAGAUAAUUUCCUGAGUUCAGCAGAUAUCCAAAAGCUGGAUGUUCCGAGUUUGAGAAGUUUGAAGCUAUCAAGAAACAAUUUCAGCCACAUUGGGGCUGGCAGAGUCACUGCUGGUAUGUUCGACAAGCUCAGAUCCCUCCAGCUCCUAACGCUGGCCAAUUGCAGUCUUGAUGAUAUCCCUGAUCAGUUGUUCACCAAAAACACCAAUCUCGUAAAGUUGGAUCUAUCGGACAAUCAUCUGCAAACCAUGAAUCGAAACAUUUUUCAUGGGCUUAAUGUCUUCAAGGAACUAAAGCUCUGCCGAAAUAACAUCUCAGAGUUUCCACAUAUUGCUCUCUUCAAUCUGUCAACUUUGGAGACGUUGCAGUUGUCGGGAAAUCAGUUGACUUCUAUUGAUUUCUUCAAGCUAAGUGGGACGUUAAACUUGAGACAUCUGGACUUGAAAGACAACAAAAUCACAACUUUAACGGGCUUCAAUGCCGUCAACUUGACACAGCUGGAUCAGGUCGAUCUGAGUGGAAAUAAUCUUCUUUCGCUUCCAGCGAACUUCCUCCAGCACUCGGUCAAUCUCCAGAGGGUGGAUUUGUCAAGUAAUCGAUUUCUUCAGAUUCCUAGCUCAGCCCUCUCUGAUGCAUCACUUCCCCGCUUGUCUUGGCUCAAUCUGACGGGAAACCCCAUAAACAAGAUAUACACGGUAAAGGAGGAACGUUAUCCAUAUUUGAAAGAACUCUACAUCUGCCACACGAAUCUUAGCAUUCUCACCAGCAAGGACUUUGAAGCUUUCCAGGCACUGCAGCAUCUCCAUUUAAUUGGCAACCGCAUCAUGAGAAUAUCCCCAGGAGCAUUUAAGUCAUUGUCAAACCUUCUCACACUGGACCUCAGCAUAAACGAGUUGGAACUUCUGCCGAAGGAGAGACUUCAAGGUCUGAAGUUAUUGCGACACUUGAACCUUUCACACAACAGUCUCCGGGAUUUGGAGGAAUUCAGCGCCGACUUGUCACAACUUCAGAUAUGCGACUUGACCUUCAAUCAACUAGAUCGAAUUUCCAAAAAGACCUUCCGACAUCUCAAGGGCCUCACAGAGCUCUACCUUAUGGGUAAUCGGAUGACAGUCCUGUCCACCGAUGCAUUUCGAUACUUGCGGAAGCUGCAAAUCCUCGAUUUACGUCGAAAUUACUUCGAAGUCGUUCCCUUGGAUGCCCUCAAACCACUCGAAACAAAUGUGCGGACAUUAAGGCUAGAAGAUAAUCCACUGCAUUGCAGCUGUGACGCACAGCAAUUGUGGGAAUGGCUGCGGGACCAUCGCCGUUGGAGCGCCGACGAUAGUGUCAAUUAUCUAAGGUGCGAACAUCCGGGCGAAUUGCGCGGAAGGAUAUUUACGAAAAUGGAACCGCAGCAAUUCUGUGACGCCCCAUUAAUACCAAAAAUUGCAAUCCAGGACAUACAGCCUUAUUCGGUGGUGGUGUCCUGGCAAAGUCGCGAACAAUUUGGUUUGAAUGGCUAUGAGAUUGUCUACCAUGCCAUGGAUGGAGCUGAUGAGGUUCGAGCCAAGCGUCUCAAUGGCACAGCAAACUCUGCCAAACUGAUAAAGCUGGCAUCAAGCACUCGCUACCACAUCUGUGUGAUCGGCACCGGAAACUGGUUGACCGAGAACAUAGUCCUUGCCAUCAGCCGCCUACAUUUUAAUGAAUCAAUGGUAACCUAUCGAGACGAACCAAUGCGCAGCGCCAUCAUUGCCGAAGACAGCAGCAGCAACACAAUUCUAACCGAAGGCCUCCAAGAAGUUCUCAAAAACUCUCACAUCUCCACGUGCACCGAUGUCCAGACGCUCGAUUCAACACCAAGCCUGAUCACCGAUGAAAAUGGCCUUUCCAGCAAUGGCAUCAUUCAUUCAAUACUCACGCGACGUCUUGGCCUAAUUGUUGGCUGUUGUUUGGGUAUCAUAGUUUUUAUUGUCAUGAUUUCGGUUUUAAGUUAUAUCAAAUUGAAAAAACAACGCUUAGAGGGUUCCAAGCGUCAACAAGCACUUCCGCCCGAGUACAUUACGUAUAGGCAUUUCUCAAUUCCCAACGAGGAAUUGAAUCGAAAUGUGAUAUCGAGUGUGCCGGGCGGAAUAAGUGCGCAUAUAAGUGGCACAAGUCUGAGCACUACAACUGCUACCACUCCGAUUACCUCGACGGGAUUGAUGGUCCAACCACCACCAAUCUUGAAUGGGAAUGAUUUGAAUCAUCAUCAUCAACAUCCACAUCCACAUCCGCAUCAACUUCAAAAUCCACAUCAAAAUCAUAAUCAUAGUCAUAACAAUCAUUCUGGUUAUGUGGCUGGAGUUGUGCUGGGGGCAAAUAACCUGAGCGCUUGUUAGUGAAGCGCGAGCGUUUUGUAAAUUUUUUAAUUUUUUUUCUUCAAAUUUUGCAUUUUUUUGUAUAAGAAAGUCAUUCUUGUUUUGCUAACUUUUUUUACCAAGAUUUUAAAAAAUCAGAAAUAAGUUAAAAAAUAUUUUAAGUUUGAAAUAGAAUUACAGAUAGCUAGAUAGGAAAGUUGUAAUUAAAAAUAAGAUAUUUAUAUAACAAGACAAAAAUAAACUAAAUAUUUAUAUGAAAUAAGAGAAAAAAUUGAGUGUGGAUACAAAAAUUGUUCUAAUUGUUAUCCUUUAUGCAUUUAUAUAUGAAAAUCCUUUUAUAAUUUAUGUUACCAAAAACGCUUUUCAAAAGUAUGAAUUGGAUCUUAAUUUUAUCUUCAAUGAUGAGUUGUUAAUAGUUUUUAAUGUUUAACUGUGCCUUUUAUUUGUUCAAUUGCUGUAGUUCAAUUUUGUUGCAAAAUAUUUGAGAUAGGAAAUGAGUUUUCUAAGGUCGAUAUUGAGGAUGGUGAUAAUCAAUAAUCAAUUUAUCAUUGUUAAUUUAUGAAGAAAGGUAGCUUGUGGUACUUUUUAAAAAUAUUGUGCAUACAAAUUUGAUUGGAUUUGAGAAUCUAUCUGCGUUCGAAAAAAUCAUUGAAAGUUUCAGAUGGAAGGGCAAAAUACUUAAAACCGUCCACGCUCUAUAAAUUGCACAAUUUUAAUGAACCAACAAAAACAAUGGUAGUACAAUAACAGAUCAAAAUAUGAUCAACGCUAUAAAUUUAGUAUUGGCAACUAUGAAAUAAUUCACUUAUUUAACUCAUAAUCAUUCCUUAUUGAAGUUAAUUAAGUGAAAUCGCUGCUACUUGACCUUUAAGAGAAAAAAUCAGGAUCUCAUGUGGUAAACUGAAGUGAGGAAGGAUCAUUCAUUAAGCAAAUUGUGAAACUUGUAAGGUGCUUCGUUUGAUUUAGUAAGAAAAAAAAGUAGAGGACAUAGGUCGCUGCCUUGAAGAAUUCCACACAGGUAGAAU